AUGCGAUCCACAACAAUUUUCGCUCUUGGGCUCUUCUUGGGGCAUGCCUCUGCUACUGCGCGUCUCUCAAUCCGCGGCGUGGACUGCGACUUUGCCAUAGCUACCGAUAGCGGAGCUACGUGCCAAAAGUUCAACACUGAUAUCAACUGCCCUGAUUUGGAUACAGGCAAACCCUACUGUGUGAUGGGGACGGUCAACAACAACUCACCUACAACGGGACAGCCCCCCAGCACUACUCUCAGAAAAUCGACGAUCUCAAAGGCACCGACUACCACUAAAGCUUUUACCACCACUGCCAAUGCCUCCAGCGUCUCUCCCACCAUGCCUGGUCUUGCAGGAAACUUGUGCACCAUUGCCAACAAACACGGUAUCAGCGUGGCCCAGUUCAUGAGCUGGAACACCUACAUCAACGCUCGGAUUAACCUCUGGCUCGACUACUACGUCUGCGUCCACGUUCCCGGAGCGGCCACCACAACGAAACAGACACCCCAACCCACGAACACACCCUCUGGGCCCACGCCUCAGAUGCCCAAUAUUGUUGCAAACUGCAACAGGUUCUACAAGGUCAAAUCCGGUGACAGCUGUUGGUCCAUAUACACCAAUGCGGGCAUUACGCUCAAUCAGUUCCUCUCGUGGAACAAGGCAGUGGAUUCAAGCUGUAGUAACCUGUGGUUGGACUACUAUGUCUGCGUAGGUGUCUAA